CCUUUUGCAUCGAGUCAAUCAUGGCUCAAGAAGAGAUACAGAAACCUGCUGCUUCAAUUACUGCCUCUGUUCCGGUUAAGGAUGAUACUCCUGCGCCGGUUAAGGAGGUUGAGGUGCCCGUUGCAACGGAGAAAGCUGUGGCAGCGCCUGCUCCGGAGGAGAAAGUUGUGUCUGAGAAGGAGGUGGUUGUUGCGGUGCCGGAAACGGAGGUGACUGCGGUGAAAGAGGAGGAGGUUGUGACGGGGAAGGAGAUCUUGCAAUCGGAAUCGUUUAAGGAGGAAGGCUAUUUGGCUUCUGAAUUGCCGGAAGCUGAAAAGAAUGCGUUGGCUGAGUUAAAGGAGAUGGUUAGGGAGGCUUUGAACAAGCGUGAAUUCACCGCGCCGCCACCGCCACCAGCUCCGGUCAAGGAAGAGAAAGUUGAGGAGAAGAAAACAGAGGAAACAGAGGAAAAGAAGGAAGAAGUUAAAACAGAGGAAAAAUCUGUUGAGGCUGAAACCAAAACAGAGGAGAAAUCUGUUGCUCCGGCCACCGUAGAGACCAAGAAAGAAGAGAUAUUGGCCGCUCCGGCUCCAAUCGUCGCAGAGACCAAGAAGGAAGAGAAAUCGGUUGCUCCUACUCCGGUAGAGACUACACCGGCUGCUCCUGUCGUUGCAGAGACCAAGAAAGAAGAGAUAUCAGCCGCUCCUACUCCGGUUGAGACCAAACCAGCUGCUCCGGUCACCACAGAGACCAAGGUGGAAGAGAAAGUCGUUCCCGUAGAGACCACACCGGCUGCUUCGGUCGUCACAGAGACCAAGGAGGAAGAGAAAGCCACUCCGGUCGUCGAUGAGACCAAGAAAGAAGAGAAAGCAAGCGCCUCUGCUCCGGUCAAGAGGGCCGUCUCAAAAUUUAUUAAAGAUAUAUUUGUCUCGGUCACCACCACUACAGAGAAAAAGAAGGAAGAAGAGAAACCAGCAGUUGUAACAAUAGAGAAGGCUUUCGCAGCUGAUCAAGAAGAAGAAACCAAAACCGUUGAAGCAACCGAAGAAUCGAUCGUCUCCAUCACUCUUCCAGAGACAGCUGCAUACGUAGAGCCAGAAGAAGUCUCAAUCUGGGGAAUACCACUUCUAGAGGACGAAAGAUCCGACGUAAUCCUCCUCAAGUUCCUCCGGGCACGUGACUUCAAGGUCAAAGAAGCUUUCACGAUGCUAAAAAACACCGUCCAAUGGCGCAAAGAGAACAACAUCGAUGACCUAGUCCCAGAAGAUCUGGAAGGAAGCGAGUUCGAGAAGUUGGUGUUCACUCACGGUGUCGACAAACAAGGACAUGUCGUGAUCUACAGCUCGUACGGUGAGUUUCAGAACAAGGAGAUUUUCGCAGACAAAGAGAAGCUUAGCAAGUUCCUCAAAUGGAGGAUUCAAUUCCAAGAAAAGUGUGUGAGGUCUCUUGACUUUAGCCCUGAGGCUAAGUCAUCGUUCGUGUUCGUUAGUGACUUCAGGAACGCUCCUGGACUUGGUCAGAGAGCAUUGUGGCAGUUCAUUAAACGCGCCGUUAAGCAAUUCGAAGAUAACUAUCCGGAAUUUGUCGCUAAAGAGCUGUUCAUUAAUGUCCCAUGGUGGUACAUUCCUUACUAUAAAACAUUCGGAAGCAUCAUUACAUCGCCGAGGACAAGGAGCAAGAUGGUCCUUUCUGGUCCAUCCAAAUCCGCUGAGACCAUUUUCAAAUAUGUAGCUCCUGAAGUAGUCCCGGUUAAGUAUGGUGGUCUGAGCAAAGAGAGCCCAUUCACCGUCGAAGAUGGAGUCACCGAGGCCGUCAUUAAAUCCACAUCUAAAUACACCAUUGAUUUGCCUGCUACCGAGGGUUCCACGCUCUCAUGGGAGCUUAGGGUUUUGGGUGCGGACGUAAGCUACGGAGCUCAAUUUGAGCCAAGCAAUGAGGCAAGCUACACCGUGAUCGUAUCUAAGAACCGGAAGAUCGGUUUGACUGAUGAACCUGUGAUUACCGAUUCUUUCAAGGCAAGUGAACCGGGAAAGAUUGUGAUCACGAUUGAUAACCAGACCAAUAAGAAGAAGAAGGUGCUCUACAGGUCCAAAACCCAAGCAUAAAGAUCAUGUAUCCGAUCUUUGAAUGAAGAAAAAGAAAGAUGGUUGGGAAUU